AUGGCGAGAGCCCCACGAGCUCUUGUGAAUCUUUUAUCGGAUACCGUAACCCGUCCAAAUGCCGCCAUGCGGCAAGUGAUUGCAGCUGCAGAAGUAGGGGACGACGUGUUUGGCACCGAUCCGUCGGUGAAACAGCUCGAGAAAGUCGCAGCGGCGCGUCUCGGCAAACAAGCGGCGCUCUACGUGCCUUCCGGUACCAUGUCGAACCUCAUUGCCAUUGGCACGCACUGCAGUCGUGGCGACGAAGUCAUUUGCGGGAACAAGGCGCACAUUUUCCUCUACGAAGGCGGGGGAGCGAACGCGUACAUGGGCGUGAGUCUGCACACAGUACGUAACCAACCAGACGGCACGCUCGCUAUCCACGACAUGCUCAAUGCCAUUCGCAGCGACGACCCGCACUACCCACGCUCGAAACUCGUCGCGAUCGAAAACACCCAAAACUUCUGUGGGGGUCGCGUCUUGCCGCUCCCGUACAUUCGCUCGGUCGAGCGCUUCUGCGCCGAGCAGGACCUUCGCCUUCAUGUGGAUGGCGCUCGUCUAGCAAAUGCAAGCGUAGCGACUGGGCUUUCAAUGGACACGUUGGUCCGUGGUGCUGACUCGGUGUCGCUCUGUCUGAGCAAGGGACUGGGGGCCCCCGUGGGCUCGAUCCUUGCAGGCUCAAGCGCGUUCAUUCACCAAGCCACACGUCUCCGCAAGUCACUCGGUGGAGGCAUGCGCCAAGCCGGCAUCAUUGCAGCCGCGGGACUGUAUGCGUUAGAGCACCAGUUCGACCGCCUCGUGGACGAUCACGUCCAUGCCCAAGCUUUCGCCCACGGUAUCGCCACGAUACCCGGUAUCGAAGUCGAUCCUGACAGUGUCGACACGAACAUUGUUUUCUUCAAAUUAGCUCUGGAUGCCAAGCUGGACGCCAUGGCACUGGCACAGCAGCUCGAAGAUGACAAAGGGGUACUCGUUGGCGGCUAUGCAGAUGGCAAUCGCAUUCGUGCCGUGACGAAUUUGCACGUUUCGAGCAGCGAUAUUGACUACGCUGUAGCAUCGAUUCGUCAACUACUAGUCGAGUGA